AUGCAUCCUCAGGGUGAUCAGAAGACCAGCUCUACUAGUUCUGGACAGAACUCCUCCACUCAAACCGGCCACUAUCAUCACGACCGUCGCCCUCGCGUCGCAUCCAUGUUUUCGCCCAAUGGAAAUGUCUACUAUGACGGGACUGGAGGCAACAUGCCUCAGAUGUUCACCAGUGUGGCUUAUCCAGGCUAUCCCCGUCCCCGCUUUGGACCGCAGACUGCGUCUCCCGUUACAAUGAGCAAUGUUGACUGGGUAGCCUACACCCGCGCUAAGAACGCCACCCCAUACUGGGUGGUGCCCACCAACAACGGUGUCCUUGGAGGCGUCCAGCAAGCCUCCACCUUCAUGUCCCCCGCAAUGAGUGGCCAGGCGGAUCAACCAGGUCAGUAUCAGUACCUUUCGGCUGGCUUUUACCCUACCGUCAACUCCAUGGUACCAAGCGGGUACCAGUACCCAUCGUGGCCAUACAUGAACUAUAACACACAGUCUGUAUGGAACCCAGUUGACAUCCAGAAAGGACCUGACGCCAGCGCUCAGCUGCAGUAUUACGAUGGCAGCCACGCCGUUUCAACCGUGAAUCCUUCCAUUCAAGUCUAUGGAAAUGCUGGAGCCGUGCCUUCUCCAUGCUACAACACUAUCCCGGUAUCAUGGCAGAUUAUGAAGACCACCAAUGGCUACAUGGUUCAGGAUUUACAUUUCCUGACUCAACAGGAGCCUGCGAUUCCUCGCGCCGUACCAGCCAUGUGGACCAGUCCGGACAUGACCAUCGCUAAAUGCCUUGAAAAUCGUGAGGGUAUUACCAAUGUCUACAUUCGAGGCUUUUUGCCCGAGACCACUGAUGAGUUGCUCCACUCCUACGCCUCCCGCUUUGGAAGCAUUGAGCGUUGCAAGGCAAUUGUUGACCUGGACACUGGUCUUUGCAAGGGGUUCGGCUUUGUUCAGUUUUACACUUAUGAGUCUUGUGAGAACUGCAUUCGGGGAUUUUUCUUCCUUGGUUACCAGGCAAGCUUCGCCCAGAAGUCCCGCAAUUCCCGCCUCAAGGACCUGGAGGACCGAUGCUCCACCAACAUCUAUUGCACCAACAUUCCUAUCGACUGGACUGAAGCGGAUCUGCGUCGUCACUUUGAGCCUUACAAUGUCGUAUCUGAGAAGAUCAGUCGUGAUGAGAAGACCGGCGUGAGCAAGGAAGUCGGCUUUGCACGCUUCGAAUCCCGUGAAGUCGCUGAGAAGAUUCUAGCGGAGUUCCACAACGUCUCUAAGGGGAAUGAUGUUAAGUUGCUGCUGCGUUUCGCUGACACCAAGGCUCAAAAGAUCCUUAAGCAGCAGAGCAAUGAGCGUCGUGCCUACCGUGCUGGCGAGUACAACUUCUCCGUUGAGGUGGUGCAGGGAUCCACCCCAUCACCUUCGAUGCAUCGUCUUCAGCAGGCCAGCUCCCACAUUACCCCUAACUCUCAGGGAAGCUUCGGCUCUGCCGCUGGUUUGGGCUCGGGCUCGAACUGGACCCCAGCUACUUCGAUUUCUCCUACUUUCGCUUUGAUGAAGAAAACUAGUACCGGCGGUGUCCGACAGACAUCUCUGUCUUCUCGCAGCAUGAACGCAAUUGAGAACACCCCCAUGUACCGUCGCUCAUUCCAGGCUUGCCGUUCUAUGACCGAUAUCUCCGGUGCGUCAUCCAAGACCGCCGUACCUCAAUCUCCAAUGGAUGAGCCCCGCUCGCGCAAGCCGAGCCCCCGAAAGGAGAAUAUCCGUUCGUUCUCCAUGUCGCCAAGCCCAACUCGUAUGGCCCUGGGGAUGCCUCCUUCCAGCCCCCCUUCCAGCCCUCGUUCGUGCUGCUAA